CUCCGCCCUGCGUUGCCAUAACGACAGUACACAAUCUUACUACCCACUCUGCGCUUCUUCCAAAACAAUCCUUCCUUCUCAGAUCUAAGACCCUCUCCAGAACUGCUUCUAGUUAAGCAGAUCCGGGGACAAGGACCGAGCUUGAUCUGACUCCAGAACCUUCCAGCGGGGAGAAAGAUGUCAGAUGAAGAUGAUCUGGAUGACUAUGAGCCAGAGCCAGAGCCAGACGAGGAAGAUCUGGAAAAAGAAGAUGAUGAGAAGGAGACAGAGGAGUGGGAGGACUACAGGAAGGAGGGGGAAGAGUUCUCUGAGGAAUGGAUGCCUACCCCUCUCACCGAGAACAUGAUGAAGGAAGGGCUUUCUUUGCUGUGUAAGACUGGUAAUGGACUGGCGCAUGCUUAUGUUAAGCUGGAGCUUAAAGACAGGGACCUGACAGACAUUAACUUGCUGCGCUCCUACAUCCAUCUGCGCUAUGUGGAUAUUUCUGAAAACCACCUGACAGACCUGUCACCACUCAAUUUCCUCACCCACUUGCUGUGGCUUAAAGCUGAUAGCAAUCAGCUUCGGACUGCCCGACUGAAUGAACUACCCUACCUGCAGAUUGCUAGUUUUGCCUACAACCAGAUCACUGACACUGAAGGCAUCUCUCAUCCUCGGCUAGGAAGCCUGGAUCUCAAAGGGAACCACAUCCACAUGGUGACGGGUCUGGACCCCCAAAAGCUGAGCAGUCUGCACACCCUGGAGCUUCGGGGGAAUCAGCUAGAAUCCACCCUGGGAAUCAACCUUCCUAAGCUGAAGAACCUCUUCCUGGCCCAGAACUUGCUGAAGAAGGUUGAAGGCUUGGAGAACCUAAGCAAUCUCACUACCUUGCAUCUUCGAGACAAUCAAAUUGAAACUCUGAGUGGCUUCUCCAAGGAAAUGAAAUCACUGCAGUACCUCAACUUGAGGGGCAACAUGGUGAGUGACCUGGGAGAGCUGGCAAAGCUUCGGGACCUGCCCAAGCUUCGAGCCUUGGUGUUGCUGGAGAACCCAUGUACAGAUGAGACUGACUACCGUCAGGAGGCCCUGGUGCAGAUGGCACACUUAGAGCGUCUGGACAAGGAGUUUUAUGAGGAGGAAGAGCGGGCCGAGGCUGAAGAAAUCCGUCAGAGGAUGAAGGAGGAACAGGAGCAGGAGGCUGAGCCUGAGCAUGACUUGGAACUGGACCAGUCAUUGGUCUAGCAGUGGUUCUUCUAGCCUCCAAGGAUAGUAAGGAUGCUGGAGACCAAUGACCUUGACCCCAAGACCUGAUAAGACUCCAGUCUCAGGCCACUACAUUCAUACCACUGUCCGGGGAAGACAGGAUGCUUCCUUUUGCUCCAGAGCUGGGAAUUCCUCACAGCCUGAGGUCCAGGCUCUGUGAUGGUCACCUAGGCACUGUUGGGUGCAGUGUGAGGUGUUCCAGUGGGCCUGAGCUCGCUC